GGCUUGCUUCGAUAUCUUGUAUUGCGGUUCUGCACACUCUUUCGAGCCAUCUGUUUGCAGCUUCAACAGUUUGAUUCACCUUCUCUAAGCGAUUUCAUUCUACACAGGUUGAUCCUGUCAACAAUCUCCGUAUCAUCAGGCGAGCCUAGUUGCUGCUUGAUCUUGAUCGGCGAUUCAAUCUUGCGUCAAAUAUACCCUUAUAAUCGUCGCCAAUCUUUCGAAAAGGAACUCUCCCUUACCUGCAUAACCCCUGUGAAGACUUUCUUGAUGCUGGCACCUUGAACAUUCACAGCCUUGAGUAACAACAUCCAUCAAUUGACAAUAUGCGGAUCAUUCCUUCUUUUUCGACCCUUACGGCGCUGGGUCUCCUGGCCACUCGAGCCCUCGCUGCCGACACCCUCAGUACCAAUGGCCUGACAACUUGUAUGUCAGACUCGGCUAUCCAAGUCGACAAACUAUCCGUUACAUACACCCGUUCUACUAGAGAGAUCGUCUUCGAUGUUUCCGGCACCAAUGGGGUAGAACAGAAUGUCACUGCCAUCUUGACCAUCUAUGCCUACGGCAGUCAACUGUACUCCGAAACUUUCGACCCGUGCAGCAGCAAAUACUACGUGGAGCAACUCUGUCCCGUUGCUGCCGGUAGCUUCUCCGCGACUGGCACCCAGACCUUACCUGAAUCGAUCGCCAGUGAAAUCCCUUCCAUCGCCUUCGCCAUCCCAGACUUGGAUGGUCAAGUGAAGCUUCAAUUGCUGUCCAAGACCGACAAUGACGAGCUGGCAUGCAUUCAAUCGGAAUUAACCAACGGCAAUUCCAUGCAGAUUGCGGGUGUAUCCUAUGCUGCUGCUGGUGUGGCUGGUGCGGCAUUGGCCGUGAGCGGGCUGUCAGCUCUGGGUGCUGUUGGCCACCCUGGUGCUGUCUCGUCUAGUCCCAGCUUCGGUGAUGUCGUGAGUUGGUUCCAUACCAUGGCCACUAAUGGAAUGCUCAGUGUCAGCUAUCCGACGGUGUACCGCAGCUUUUCUAAGAACUUUGCCUUUAGCACGGGCUUGAUCCCUUGGGGUCAGAUGCAGGAGUCCAUCGAUAACUUCCGAAAGUCGACCGGCGGAAAUCUCACCGACAACAGCUACCAGUAUCUUAUCAAUGCCACGCUCGUGUAUUCUGACGGCACGAAUUCUAGUUCCAAAUCGAAGCGAGGACUGGAUCUGGUUACAGGCUUGGCUAACCUAGCUGCGCGCGAGGUUUCGACUUCGUAUAGCAGCAACACUACUUCGUCGUCUAACAGCACCAGCGAUGAUAGCAGUAGUUUUGAACAUUUCGUCUCCGGUAUUGAGGCCUAUGCCGAACAGCUCACCAUCCCUCAAGCCAAUACCUUCAUGACUGUUCUGCUCAUUUUCGCUAUCCUAAUUGCCGCUAUCGCCGUUGGUAUCUUGCUGCUCAAGGUCAUCCUCGAAGUCUGGGCUCUCUACGGCUCUUUCCCGGACAAACUUACCAACUUCCGCAAAGACUACUGGGGUCUCCUGGGUCGGACCAUUACCAACUUGAUUCUGCUGCUGUACGGCGUUUGGGUGAUCUGGUGUGUCUAUCAGCUCAGCAGUGGGGAUUCAUGGGCGGCGAAGCUCUUGGCUGCUGUGGCGCUCACAGUUUUCACGGCUGUGUUAUUGUACUUUGGUCUUAAGAUCAUGUUCGUGGCUCGAAAGUACAAGAAGGCCGAAGGCGAUGCGUCCCAUUUGUACGACAACGACGAAACCUGGCGCAAGUACAGUCUUUUCUACGACAACUACAAAAAGGACUACUGGUGGGCUUUCGUCCCUGCCAUUGUAUACAUGUUUGCCAAGGGUUGCGUUAUCGCUGCUGGAGAUGGUCAUGGGCUUGCCCAAAGCGCUGGUCAACUCAUCGUGGAGGCUCUCAUGCUCACUCUUCUGCUGUGGAACCGUCCUUACGUUGCCAAGUCUAGCCAGUGGAUCAACAUUUCAGUCCAAGUGGUUCGUGUCUUGUCAAUCGCGUGUGUGUUAAUCUUCGUCGACGAGCUGGGACUUUCGGAAACGACCAAAACUGUUACCGGCAUUGUCCUCAUUGCUAUUCAGUCGGGACUGAGUGGUAUCUUGGCCAUUCUCAUUGCCACCAACGCCAUCAUCCUCUGCAUUCGCGAAAACCCUCAUGCUAAACGGAAGAGGGAAGCUAACAAAAUGAAUCGUGACCUCGACGAUCUGACCCCUCUUGACGCCCGUGAAUCUCUGCUCAUGGAGCAUCCUCCACGCAAGGAUUUCGCUGAAAUGAGCAAGUUCAACUUUACCGGUCCUUACGAACCUUACCGGGAUCAACAUGAUUCGAAAUCGCGACACAGCCCUACAGGUAGCACGGAUCGGUUGGUUGAUUCAAGCUAUCCCCUUGAAGACAUCAAUGGUCGAAGUAUAAGUCGAGAAAGCCGCCGAAGCCAUGACAGCCAUGAAAACCCCGAAAAGCACCAUGCCACAACCCCGGGCUAUGGGUUCGCUUACUGAAGCCCGUUUGCGCUGGAUGGCACUUGACGACGUACCAAUAUUUAUUUUUCUCGACCCAAUAUUCAUCUUACAUAUUGAACAUAGACUUUUUGUGUCAGGCAAAUUUGACGAAUUUAGCGUACUUGAUUUGGUUGAUGGUGGAUCUUGGUAUUUAUUGCAAUUUUGUUACGCCGCUCCUUUUUCCCUCUCUGACUCUCUUA